AUGACUAACCAAGAGCUACUGGUCGACUUCAACAGCGGCAUUGCGAUGCGCUUCCCAUCAUUCUGGCUGCGAGACAAUUGUCCGUGCCAAGCAUGCCAGCACCCUUCGACCCGCCAGCGGCUUCUCGACACUUUCGCCAUCGACCCUGAGAUCAAAGUCUCCAGUGUCGAGGCCACCGCGGAGGGUCUGCAAGUGACAUGGCCGGGGACCGAGAGCGAGGCUCAGAAUCACAACAGUAUCUACCCGUGGGAAUGGCUCUCGGCGCACCCACCCUUCAACCAACCCACAGCCAGCGCCUCAAGGGGCCAAGCCUUACAAUAUUCAGUUUCGCAGCGCGAAUGGAUCCACGUCGCCCCAAAUAGCCCCAACACAACGCUUCCACGGGUAUCCUACGAGGCGAUAGCCUCGAUCACAUCACCAGAUGGCCUGAAACGCUUUCUCUCGAACAUCCACACCUACGGCCUCUGUUUCAUGCCGGGAACCCCACCGACACCUGAGGCGACACAAUCACUGAUAGAACGUAUCUCGCACAUCCGCGCGACGCACUAUGGCGGAUUCUGGGACUUCACGUCGGAGGUGAACCCGAUCGACACGGCGUAUACCAAUGACUAUCUGCCCCCGCACACGGACACGACAUACUUCACCGAUCCAGCUGGCUUACAGCUCUUCCACUGCUUGUCGCACACGUCCAUGGCUGACCCAACGCAACCAGGGCAGGGCGGCGAGAGCACCUUCGUAGACGGCUUCGCAGCCGCCUCGCACUUGUAUACGACACACCCGGACCUCUACCACACGCUCGCAACCUACCCGAUCCUAAGCGCAGCACAGGGCGACGCGGCGCACGGGUCGUUCUAUAACAACACGUCCUCGCUGCAGGGGUACCCAGUGCUCAUCCACUCCGCUCCAACUGGCUCCAUCACGUCCCCUUCUCCGUCGACACUCGUCCAGGUCCGAUGGAAUAAUCUCGACCGCCUGUCGCCGUCGACGCCCGUGUUCCCCAACCACACAGCGCUGAAGAAAUGGUACACCGCUGCGCGGGAGUGGACCAAGAUCCUCGCGGGGCCGGAUUUUCUGCUCACGGUCAAGCUUCAGCCGGGCGAGCCGGUGAUUUUCGAUAACUGGCGUGUUUUGCACGGGAGGCUGGGGUUUGAGGGGAAGAGGCGCAUCUGUGGCGCUUAUAUCGGCAUGGAUGAUUUUCGUGCGAAGUGUCGGAGUCUGCAGGUUGAUGUGUAG